CGCGGUUCCGGCAGCUCCCGGCAGCGGUGGACGCACUCGGCCGGCUCUGCGCUGCGGGGAGGGCGGCUCACUGAAGCCGCAAGUUCUCCCGCCGCGCUCCGGACCCAGCAUGGCUUUCGCCAAUUUCCGCCGCAUCUUGCGCUUUUCCACCUUCGAGAAGAGAAAGUCCCGUGAAUAUGAGCACGUCCGCCGGGACCUGGACCCCAACGACGUGUGGGAGAUUGUGGGCGAGCUGGGCGAUGGCGCCUUCGGCAAAGUCUACAAGGCCAAAAACAAGGAAACUGGUGCCUUGGCAGCUGCCAAAGUCAUCGAGACCAAGAGUGAGGAGGAGCUGGAGGACUACAUUGUGGAGAUUGAGAUCCUGGCCACCUGCGACCACCCAUACAUCGUGAAGCUCCUGGGGGCCUAUUACUAUGACGGGAAGCUGUGGAUCAUGAUUGAGUUCUGCCCUGGGGGAGCUGUGGAUGCCAUCAUGCUGGAGCUAGACCGAGGCCUCACCGAGCCCCAGAUUCAGGUCGUCUGCCGCCAGAUGCUGGAGGCGCUCAACUUCCUGCAUGGCAAGAGGAUCAUCCACCGCGACCUGAAAGCUGGCAAUGUGCUGAUGACCCUUGAGGGGGACAUCAGGCUGGCUGAUUUCGGUGUGUCUGCCAAGAACCUGAAAACUCUGCAGAAGCGAGAUUCCUUCAUUGGAACGCCCUACUGGAUGGCCCCUGAGGUGGUACUCUGUGAGACCAUGAAGGACGCGCCCUAUGACUACAAGGCUGACAUUUGGUCCUUGGGCAUCACGCUGAUCGAGAUGGCACAGAUCGAGCCCCCACACCACGAGCUUAACCCCAUGCGGGUCCUGCUCAAGAUUGCCAAGUCGGACCCUCCCACGUUGCUCACGCCCUCCAAGUGGUCUGUGGAGUUCCGAGACUUCCUGAAGAUAGCGUUGGAUAAGAACCCAGAGACCCGGCCCAGUGCUGCACAGCUGCUGGAGCAUCCCUUCGUCAGCAAUGUCACCAGUAACAAGGCUCUGCGGGAGCUGGUGGCUGAGGCAAAGGCCGAGGUGAUGGAGGAGAUCGAGGAUGCCAGGGAUGACAUCAGGGAUGACGGAGAAGAGGAGGACGCUGUGGAAGCCACCUCGCCCCUGGUCAACCACACUCAGGACUCUGCUGGUACAACUGAGCCAAGCCUCAACUCUGACAAGCCUCCCCAGGAUUCUUGUGUUACCCUGCCUCCCAGUCAGCCGCGGGAGCCUGUGGACGGUAGCCAACCCUCAGGGGAUGGGCCUCUCCAAACAGUCAGCCCUGCGGAUGUGGUCCCCAAGAAUGACAAUGACUUAAAGGUACCUGUUCCCCUCCGGAAGUCCCGACCAUUGUCCAUGGAUGCCAGAAUUCAUCUUGCUGAAGAGAAACAAGUCACUGGCCAGGCUGAGGACCCCAGUCCUGCAACCAGCAAGUCCCAAAAGACAAACCAGAGCCGCCCCAACAGCAGCGCCCUGGAGACCUUGGGUGGAGAGAAGCUGGCCAAUGGUGGCCUGGGGCUCCCCAGCUCUGUAACUCCAAGCCAUGUUAAGAGGGCUUCAGACUGCAGCACCGUGUCUACCUCGGAGAGCAUGGACUACGGCUCCUCCCUGUCUGCUGACCUGUCACUGAAUAAAGAGACGGGCUCAUUGUCUCUCAAGGGCUCAAAACUGCACAACAAGACCCUGAAGCGGACCCGCAGGUUUGUGGUGGACGGUGUGGAAGUAAGCAUCACCACCUCCAAGAUCAUCAGUGAAGAUGAGAAGAAAGACGAGGAGAUGAGAUUUCUCAGGCGCCAGGAACUCCGGGAGCUUCGGCUUCUGCAGAAGGAAGAGCAUCGGAACCAGACCCAGCUGAACAGCAAGCAUGAGCUGCAGCUGGAGCAGAUGCACAAACGUUUUGAACAAGAAAUCAACAACAAGAAGAAAUAUUUUGACAUGGAGCUGGAGAACCUGGAGCGGCAGCAGAAGCAGCAGGUGGAGAAGAUGGAGCAGGACCACAGCGUGCGCCGGAGAGAGGAGGCCAAGAGGAUCCGCCUGGAGCAGGAACGAGACUAUGCCAAGUUCCAGGAGCAGCUCAAGCAGAUGAAGAAGGAGGUGAAGAAUGAGGUUGAGAAACUGCCCCGGCAGCAGCGAAAAGAGAGCAUGAAGCAGAAGAUGGAAGAACACUCACAGAAGAAGCAGCUACUCGACCGAGACUUUGUAGCCAAGCAGAAGGAGGACCUGGAGCUGGCCAUGAAGAAGCUCACCAUAGAAAACAGGCAUGAGAUCUGUGACAAAGAACGAGAGUGCCUCAGCAAGAAGCAGGAGCUCCUCAGAGAGCGUGAGGCAGCCCUGUGGGAGAUGGAGGAGCACCAGUUGCAGGAGCGGCACCAGCUGGUGAAGCAGCAGCUUAAGGACCAGUACUUCCUGCAGCGGCACGACCUGCUGCGCAAGCACGAGAAGGAGCGGGAGCAGAUGCAGCGCUACAACCAGCGUAUGAUGGAGCAGCUGAAAAUCAGACAGCAGCAGGAGAAGGCGCGGCUCCCCAAGAUCCAGAGGAGCGACGGCAAGACACGCAUGGCCAUGUACAAGAAGAGCCUGCACAUCAAUGGCGCAGGCAGUGCCUCCGAGCAGCGCGAGAAGAUCAAGCAGUUCUCCCAGCAGGAGGAGAAGAGGCAGAAGGCGGAGAGGCUGCAGCAGCAGCAGAAACAUGAGAACCAGAUGCGGGACAUGGUGGCCCAGUGUGAGAGCAACAUGAGCGAGCUGCAGCAGCUGCAGAAUGAAAAGUGUCACCUGUUGGUAGAACAUGAAACCCAGAAGUUGAAGGCCCUGGAUGAGAGCCAUAACCAGAGCCUGAAGGAAUGGAGGGACAAGCUGCGGCCACGCAAGAAGGCCCUGGAAGAGGAUUUGAACCAGAAGAAGCGGGAACAGGAAAUGUUCUUCAAACUAAGUGAGGAGGCGGAACCCGGACCCACCACACCCAAUAGAGCCAGCAAGUUCUUCCCCUACAGCUCUGGGGACUCUUCCUAAUACCCCCAUCUCUGGGCUGUGGUGGGCGAUGUGGCAGCAGGACCACUGGGGCCUCCAAGCCUCUAUGAACUCAGGACCUCCUUUGCUUCUGUGCCUGCUCGAACCAGCCCGUCAGCCUGCAGUGCCCCACACAGCCGCCCUGGUGCUUCUGGUGGAUGACUUCAUCGAGACUCACAUUCCCAUCACCUGGAAGUGAUUUGGGCUCUUGGGGUCAGGGAGGAGGUGUGAUGGGUGUGCCUCCUUCUGUUUGCCAAAACACCAGUUCUACUGUCUGUGAGCACAAGUACUACCAAUGACGUCACCGUGAACUCAUCCUUAUUGUAAUCCUUGUGGGUUUUUUUUUUUUUUUUCCCAGUGUCUGAAAGCAUCCCUAACAGCCAUUUCAGUCCCUAGCAGCCAGCUUUCGGGAGUGUCCUCAUUCCCCUGCUUCAGCCAGCUCACUUGGUGCUUGAUGCCAGGCGCUGUGUAUGUGGGGGCCAGGAAUAGGGGAAGGGAGGCCAGAAAUGUUCACCCUGCUGGGCGUGCGCGUAUACACACACACACACACACACACACACACACAUAUACAUGCGUGUGCAACUUGGCCUCCUGACACCACCCUGACUGCCUCUGCCCUGGCUUCCUAUGGAACCUGCUUGCAGCCUCCUGAGCCUGAUCCUGGGCCGCCGAGCAUGGCAGGUGGAGCAGCUGGUGGGGACAUGCUGUGUGCUGGCACCAGGGCCCAGGGAAGGCACAGGCUGUACUGCCAGCUUGCAACUCAUUUGGCUGCACCCAGGAUCCUGUGUUCAGGAGUAAACACCUCUCCACAGCCAACUUCUGCUGCCUAGCACGUGCCAAUCUCACCCUCGCCCGCUUGUCUGCAGGUACCCUGGGAAGGUUCUCAGCCUUUGCCCUGGUCCCGGCCUGGAGUCUCACCAUACAUUCAGCUAAGCCUCCUGAGCCCUUGCACUUUGUUCUUCCCGAAGACAUUCUUCCUGCUCCCAGGAACGUGCAGAAGCAAAGAUACUGAGCCUCCGUGGUUCUGGGCCUUGGGGUGGCUCAGGUGGCCUUCUGAGGUGCUGAUCCCCACAGGCCACCAUGUGUCGCAACCUAGAAAAGCAGCUGUCCCACCCAGCCUGUGUUCACUGCUGAAACAAACCUUUCUUGACUCUGACGCCUCUGUGCUCCAUUAAAGCAGAUGUAAAAUGGCUGGCUGCCUCAGGAAGACACUCUUUUUUAUAAGCCACUUCCCAAUGCUGCUGCUGCUGCUGCCCCCGCCGCUGAGGCUGGUGAGGGGCUCAGACCUCAGCAGGAUUUCUACAUCAGCUGCCUGGCCUGAUGCUGAGGCAAUUCCCUGGAAAGUUUCCCCAGAUGCCUACUGGGUGCCUAGGAGGGACUGGGCUAGAAAGGUAGGAAAACAGGUCUUAGGGCUCCCCGAUCUCGGGUGCGGUAAAGGAACUCACAGAGUCCAGGAGGGUGGUAGUUCUCAGGGUAGCGAGCAUCAGCUUGCCUUCGGGUCUCACACUGGCGGGUCAUGAGGAACAGUUGACUUUGUCCUCUCUGGUGCACGGGUGACUGAGAAACAAACUGCACACCUGCAGGACCCGAAGAUGGAAGUGGGCGGGGCUGCUUCUGUCAUUGUUUACAAUCUGCUUUUUUUUUUUUUUUUUUUUUUUUUUGGUGUCCAGGGGACUUGACAGUGGCUCUAUUAGGCAAAAUUCCAGUUUUGUGGAUCAGGUAGUCUUUGAUCAUUUCCUGGCUUAUCAUUCUUACUGUCCUGGUCCUUUGUGCGACUGUUGCUUCCAUACUUAGUGCCACCUGAGCCCUGUUUGCUCUACUGUGCCUUUUUGAGUGGGGUCUAGCCUAGUCUCCCAGCCUUAUCAUUUGGCAUAUGUGCAAUGCCUGCUGCCGACAAGGCCCAUGCAGUAUUCCUCAUGCCCUGUGCUAAUGUUCUCUGUAUAGGGACAGACAGAGAUGUCUUUAGCUAAGUAGAUGUAACUAACUUAUAUUUCCCCUCAUGAAGGAUAGAUGUAAUGUGUAUGUCAUUUCCAACCGUCACGUAAAAUUUUUGUAAACUGUCCUCUGCAAACAAAAAAUAAUGUAAAUAUGCUUCUAAUAAAAUAACAAGGUAAUUUGCA